AUGAUAAAUGUUUUAUUUUCAAACGAAGAGCUUAGAUAAAAUUAGGAAAUAACAUAAGAGAGUUACAAAUAAUUUGUUAAGUUAAAGUAUUCGCGGUCAUAUGAUAUUUCAUCCAAGUACAAAGGGUAUAUAAUAGUGGAAAUAGGUAAAGUAAAUCCUAAUGCGUAACACUAAUAAUUAUAUUUUUGCAUAUAAAUUACUAAUGAUGCAAUGAAAGAUCCCUCUGCUAGAAAAAUAACUAAUCUUCUGCUCACUUUAUAACUAAAUAUCAUUAAAAAUAGUAUGCUUGCGCUAAUUCCUAUUAAUAAUUAUACUGUAGAAUCCAUAAACAUGUCAUCACUAUAUUAAAAAAUGACAUUGUAGUUAUUUAUUAGAUUUUAGCUAGUAACAUAAAUUAAAAAAGGAACUUUAGCAAAUCCUAUAAUACACAUCCAUAUCGUUAAAAUAUAGCUAGGCUUAUUGCUAUAAAAUGAACGAAUAGUUCUAUUAUAUUGA